GAAAAAAUGGCGGCGCCUAAGCGACUGAAGCACGGAGGAUGUGCCAUUCCUGGGUGUGAUAAUACCGAAAAAAGCCUGUUUUUAUUGCCUACCAGAGAGCCCCUGAAGACACAGUGGCUUAGUUUCAUUUACUCAAAUGGUAUACCAACGAAAUUACCGAAGGCAUUGUAUGUUUGUGGGAAGCAUUUUCCGGACCAGUGUUUCCACAAUUUGGGACAGUACCGGGCCGGUUUCUCACAUCAUCUGAUUCUGAUACAAGGCUCUGUACCAAGUCUCCCUGCGGGAUCAGCCAGCUCCGAACAAGCCACAACAUCAAGUGUGUCCAUGCAGGCGCCCCGUACAAGAGAUGCAGCCUGCCAAACAGACCGAAUUGUCAUGCACACGUCUUCCACACAAAAGUCAUUGAAGAAAAAACCCUUUAAGAGUAGAACUGUACAGGCAACUGUCACUACAAAGGAUUGGGAGGGUGGGACCCCCAGUGUGGACCCGUUUGACCUGUCCUCAACACCUCUGAAGAGGCCUGCAAAACGUCGUCGUGUUGACCUGGAGGAAGAGCUGGAUGAUCCCUUUGAGGGCCCAAGUUCUCCAUUGGCUGCUCCAUUGGACCAUGAUUCCACAUAUGAUCCUGAAAACUACACGGCAGCUACACUGGAUUCCACAAUAGAGUCGUAA